ACUAUUUCCAAGUUGUAGCCACAACCACAGAAAGAGAAAGAGAGAGAGAAAGAACAACGUAAUCAAUCACAAACACACAAGCCAUGAACCAAACCAAAACCUCCACCGACGAUAAAAACACCAAACCAGCUUCAUGGACAACCGAAACAAUCAACGGUGGAUCCUUUCGCCACGUUGACCUCAACACCGGAACCAACGGCUGGUCAACACCACCAGGUAACGUCUUCCCUCUCCGUUCCCAAAACUACUUCACAACCAAACAAAAAACUCCCGGCGGAGACUACCUCCUCUCUCCCGCCGGCGUAGACUGGCUCAAAUCCACAAAAAAACUAGACCACGUCCUCUCUCGUCCAGACAACCGUGUAGCACACGCAAUCAAAACCUCCCAAUCUCCUAACAGCUUCAUCUUCGCCGUAAAUCUCCAGACCCCAACCAAAGAACAUUUUUACAGCUUGGUCCUCUACUUCGCAACACAAGAACCAGUCCCUUCAGACUCGCUCCUCCACAAACUUAUCAACGGAGAAGACGACACGUUUCGUGACGAGAGGUUAAAGAUUAUUAGCAAUGUAGUGAAAGGUCCUUGGGUUGUUAAAGCAGCGGCUGGCAAGUUUGGUGCGUUCGUUGCUGGCAAAGCUUUGAAGUGUAGUUACUACAGAGGAGCUAACUAUUUCGAGAUAGAUGUUGAUAUAAGUAGCUCGGCGAUCUUGACGGCGCUUGUUAGGUUUAUGUUGGGGUACGUUACGAAUUUGACGAUUGACAUAGGUUUUGUUGUGGAGGCGCAAACGGAGGAUGAGUUGCCGGAGAGAUUGAUCGGUGGUGUUAGGAUUUGUCAUAUGGAGUUAGCGUCUGCGUUCUUGGUUGAUGAUGAUGAGAAGAAGAAGGAUGAUGAUAUUGAUUUGCAACAACGGCGGAGAAUGAUGGGUGCGGCGGAAGGAGAGAACACGGUGAGGAUGUGAUUGAGAAACGAAGUCAAUGUUUUUAUUAUUAAAUAUAUAAAUUGAUCUGAGUUGUAGAAAGAUAGUUUAAUAUUUCAGUUAUUUUGUUUCCACGAUGAGAACAAGGUUUGAGAUUCUUUUUUUUGUGUUUGACUUUGUUUUGUGGACUAAAGAAAUUUUUAAUAAGGA